AUGGCCAGCCUGCCGAUUGGCUGGGAGUCCGACUACGACGGUCAGCGAUGGUUUUACAAGUUCACAGCCAGCGGCCAGAUACAAUACCACUUUCCGACCGCUGGCGAUGAAUUCCCCGAAUACGUCGACUCUUCCGCGCCCGCGCCCGCGCUCGCACCCGAGGAGCGGCUCGAGUCGCAGCAGCAGAUGCGGCGACAUUCGGCCAUUGGCAUCACCUUGACCACACCCUCCUCCACCACGCCCUCCUACACGAUAAGCCCCGACGAUGGCAGACCCAGGCCUCGCAGGGCGGUCAUGUCCGCCACGGCUCGCCCCAUCAGCGCCGUCUGGGAGGGUGACGGCUCGGACGACGAUCAGCAGGUCUUCCAGCCCGAGAACUUCAUGUACCUUGGCCCAGGCACUUACUCGGAUGUAAGCCCUCUCGUGGAAGAGGAAGAAGAGGCCGCGAGACGCAUCGUUGCCGGUGAGAUAUUGGAACACCCCUCCGACAACGGGCAGAACGUCUCGGCCGACGGCUCCAAGCGGGCAAGUCCUGCCACCAGUGCGGGGACGACGCCGAAGAUGCAAAAGGACGAAACGAAAGAUAGCCCACCCGUCGAGUCCGUUCCCGUGUCGCCGGAGCGCGCAAUUCACAAGAUAGACGGCGGCGGCACGUUGCAUGAACUGCCGGUUCCGCACCCCCAGGUCUUUGACCCCGUCGGCAACGUGGCCGAAAUGCCGACGGAGAUUACAGCUGUCGCUCGUGUUGAACUCCAUCCGGACCCCAUCGAGAUGGCCGAUAGCUCGGUGCUGGCGCCGAUAGAGGCGCCUGUGCCUGUGGCCUCGUCCGAGCAGCCCGCCGCCGGGUUGCCCGAGAAGUUCGGCCCCGCCGGGUUAAGGGUGCCGCAAAAGGUCCGGAGCAAAGAUGCGAUCGGGGACAAGAAGGAGAAGAUACCGGCGGAGCGUAGUGAGCCGUCAUCAAACGAAUGCCCUGCGUUUCAACCUGACAUGCCGGGGAUGGGGGCGCGAAGCCGGUUCGAACAGCCAGCACAGGGGACGAUGCAGAAUGGCAUUGAAUCGUCGCAGCUACCAACGCCGGGGGAGUCAUCACAGAAAACGUCGAACCAAGGGGGGCAGGAAACGGAACGGCAGAAACCUCCGGUAGACCAAGAACAGGAGCGGCAUCGACAGUCGCUUUACAUCUGGUCCCCUAACCAGCUGCCCCAGCGUGCCCACUCAACGAGCCAACCGCGGACAGAAACGGCCAAAGAAUUCAAGAUUGCGAGGAAGCCGGCAGGCUCUUCGGGUGUGCAAAAGAAUUACCUGCCGUAUGUGCCCGGGAAAAUUGAUGUCGAGGAAUCGUCGUGGUCCACAUCGGAGAGAAGGAGGACCAUCGGCAGCUCAAUACAACGCGAGGUGUCACUCAUGAUGGCCUCGGGUACCUCCGCGAACCUUGACCCAAGCACCGUUCCUUGCGUCUUGGCUCCUCCCAGGAAGCCAUCUGCCGAUACGACGGCGCAACCAGCCGGUCCUCGGAAAGCCGCAUCCCUGCCUAUUCCCGGAACCGUCGCGACACAGGCGUCCGCUUUUGAACAAGAGACGAAGCAAGACACAACGAGCGGAUUUGGUCAUCCUUCACAGCCGCUUUCCCAGCAAGCCGUUCCUGUGCCGGGGUCGAGUGCGGUGACUUUGGAACAAGUUGGCUCACUGGAGUCAAAAGUUCAGAACAUCGUACCGGAGAUUCCAUCCGUCCUAAUGCCAGCCCAUGGACAAGAACGGCCCCCGUUGUCGAGGGAACCCUCUCCGGCUGCACAGGUGUCGGAUUCGAUCGGUUCAAGCGUAGCACGCCGACGAGCCGACUCUGACUCGAUGUCGACUGCUGCUCACAAGACCUCUGUCCUUCCGCGCCAGGGUCAACAACCGCCCUAUCCAGAGGAGCCAUUCUAUACGCCUUCACCAGCUCAACUGCGAUCUCAAAGCUAUCCAUCAGCCGGCUCGCACGGGUAUCCGCCGUAUCGAGCAGCGCCAACGCAGGGUCUGCCAUCGCAGGGCCCAUCUCGGGAUGGUCCAAGGGAUUCUUGGCAGAAGCAACGACCGUUGCCUGCUCCGUCCGUACACGCAAACGAUGCUGCCUACUCGAAGCUUUCCCAGACUGCUCGCCCCCAUAGUCUUGUGGGAUUCCCUUCACCGCAGCGGAGCUCGUCUGACGAUCAACCCCCGGCGGUGCCUGAAAAGGACCGGUCGACGGCAGCGAAACCAUCACCCUCUCCUGUUCGGGGAGGUUAUCAAGUCGCUACCGUUGCCACCGGGAUGAUGCCUUCGGUGCGGCCCAGGGCCGAAAGCCAACCGUCCAGCUUCCCACUGCAAACCCCGUCACCGUUGGAAAAGUUUCGGCGUGCUUCCUUGAACCCUGCACUCAUGCAGGGUUAUGGUGAAAUGGUAUUCACGCCGUCGCCCAUCACCAGCACCCCCGGAUCAGGCCCUCGGGCAUCCACACAAGGUCCACUAGUUCCUAACAAGCUGCCGCAUCGGCACCCGCCGGGAUCCUACUUUCCGGUUCAAGAUGCAAGUCCUGGUGCAACUGGCCGGCCGCAAGCUCCCCGGAUCGAAUCGGCACCGAAGAAGGGACGAAAGGCGACGUCUCCGGGGCUGCUCGAUGGGGAACAUCCCAUCGGCUACCAGGUGUCUCCGGACGGGUCCCGUCUGCCUCCCGCCAAAACAAAAUCCGGCAGUCCUCGGAUAACCACCGACCGGUUGCCAGCAACUCUGGCGGAGAAAUCUGCCUGCUCUCCGCCUGCACAUCUCCUCGGCAGGAUCGAGGAGCACGACGAAUCUCAGAUCGGCGCGGGGCAUCAAAAGGUCGAAGCAAACGACUCCAGGCCGAGCUCGACAGCGUCAGGGUCACAACACUCAUCCUCGUCAUGCCGGAGUAUGCAAAGGCCAAGCUUGCAGCAGAUUCAAGCCACCACUGCGUUGCAGAUGCAGGGUCCCUGGCAGCAAGAACCAGGUCAGCGGCACCUUGAACGGCCAGCGACAGGCCCACCUCCUCGCGGCUUGGUCCUGCCGCGGAGCCAAGUCACGGAAGGGCAAAUGUCGCCGCCUGUUUAUCAAACGUCACCGCACGGCCAGAUAUCACCGCACAGUCAGGCACCACCACAGGGUCAUACCAUCACAGGACAUUACCCUCAGCAGCAAGUUCCGUCGACUGUGUCGAUGGACGCGAAAAUUGCGCCGCAGGCCGUUCACCAAAGCGCUGCACAUGUCUCACAACCAGGUUUCGCCAGUCCUCUAGGCAAGGAGAAGGAGAAGAAGUGGGCCAAAUGGUUCCAGAGCACCAAACUUGCCCCAAGCACGGCACCUCCGGAGCAGCUCGCGCAGCAGCCUCGGGGCCCUCAAGGCUGGCAUCCGAGUCAAGGUUCGCCCGCGGCCAGUGACAGGCCAAGAAUGCACCCACAACGUGCUUCCGGACCGCCUACGGGCAUACCAACUCCCCUGGGCAUCGCGCAGGCAGGACAUGAGGCUGUGAUGGGGCAGGGCCGACACAGCAUUUCAGGUCCUGUAUCCACGUCAACGCCCACGUCCACCGUCGCACCGAGCGGGACAACUGCUCCCGGGCAGAUUCAAUUGCGAUCUCCCGUAGAGCAGGAGUUACGGCCUCGGCCACUUUUUUCUCAGCAAGCUUCAGGAAGGCCAGGCUACAAGGAGCAAAACGCCGGAGGUCAUAUGGCGGCACAAGCUCCUCCCGACAUACACCUACUCGCGUCACCGCCGCGCAAAUGGAAGCCAUUCAUUCUCCUCCCCCCGACGUUGGCUUGGUUGCUAGCCUUUGUAGUCGAGACUCGAUCCCAUGUCUCCCGAUUUCGAAAUGUUGAGCAAGUUACGAAAAUGAGGCGACCCGAGCCGCGUGCGCGGGCAGAGUUGACGCCGAUGGCCCUCGAUGGGAGCAAUGAAUCCCAGAACAGCGAGGCCGUCUUCGCGGCCCAUCAGGCCUGGUUUCGUGUCGACAAAGAGGCCAGACGAACCGAUGAUCAAGAAGAGACGGUGACUGGCAACGAGGUAAAGAUUGAUGGUGGUGCCGUCCACGAAGCCGACGGAGUCGAAGCCGAGGAUUUACCCUGGAAGAAUGACUCUUCCUUCGUAAUCAAAACACACGCCGUCGGCGAAAGGUCCCUCGCGCCAGACGGCGCAGCGUUGAAGCAGACGCAGACAACGUCGACGGCUGGCCUGGGACGGAAGAUGGACGCCUCCCAACAGACGCCGACGCAGGUCAACGCAGACCGCGACUACGAUCUCUUCGCCCAUCUCCUCCCCGCGAGCCCCGAUGAGCCGACGCAGCAGAACAGCGAGGAACAAAGGACUCUUCAGGAGGGCGACACGGGCGCCGUCAUCUUCGAUCACCUCAGCGAUCACGUCCGGCCGUCAUCCCAAGUUUCCGUCGACGCCGGCCUCGAGCCCACGAGGAGCGACUGGCGCACCACCGACCAUACAUCUCAGCUCAACUCCAACACCGGCUACACUCCGUACAAGCCGCAGGAUCUUCCACCCGAAACGCCGGCAUUGCCUACCAACCCGUUUGCCGCCAAGCUGAGCGUCCUGGCCCCACUUGCGGGGAGCCAGCUCUUCGGCCAGACCCAGCAGCUCUCGUCGGCGGCCAAAGCCAGCCCGACCUCGUCGCGGCCCUCCCCCAACAUCUUCCUCAACUCUAUCUCGCCCAACGCCCUCCAGACGUCGCCCCUCAAGAACCGAGCGAAUAUUUCCUCGCCAACCGACGCACGCACAUCAAGCCCGCCACGGUGGCACGACGUCCCAGGGACCUUGCUGAAGGACAAGAAUGGACCUGCCGUCCCCGAGGACAGCCCUGCCGAGAAGGCCUCGGCAAGGGAAGAACUCAUCCCCGAGUCACCCACGCUUCAAGCAGCAAAGGCCUCCGUCGGCCGGCAACCGUUCGCCCACUACGUGCCGAUGAAGCAAUCGCAAGAGAGAAAGACGAGCGGUGGAGAAAAGCCGGUCGACCUGGACUCGGAUGACGACGAUCCCCUGACGAUGCAGGAGGAACGCCGGAAAGCGGUGGAGAAGAAGCGGGCGCGGGCCGAAGCCGAGAUGGACAAGAUUAGCUUCACCAGGCACUCGCGACGGGACUCUGGCGAGCACCAGAGCAGGAAGAAACGGAGAGUUUAUAGCAGCGGAAGCACCUUCGGCGUGGACGCAGGCACGGGCGCAGGCGCAGGUGCCGACCCAGGUGCGGGCGCAGGAACGGACUUGGACAAGAGCCAAGACGUUGCAGUCAUCCGUAAUUCUCAAAAACUUCCCACGGCUUCGUUGGACAUGCCGAUCGCUUCGACCAAGGCGACCCCGGGCGAAGCGGGUGGAGCGGGCGACGACCUGGAGCCAACACAUGGAGAGCCGGAGAACUCUGGGCAAGACAGGGAAGGGGAGGACGAUGCGCUGGACGAGGAUAUGAUCCCCGCUACCAGCCCCAUACGAUGCCCAUCCGAGGGGGAAUUGCCGAGACCAUCGGCUGCUUCGGACCCGGAGCUGCCAACACUUGUGGAAGUCGAUGCCGACGACGGCAGGGAUGCUUGCGGCAGCACGGCAGACACCUCGUCUUACCCGCCCACUCAGCGACGAGCUCCAAGAAGGAAGGAUGGCGGAGACAGUCCGGCCCUCAGCUCCGAGUCGGAGGGAUUGCUCGUCGAGGCUGGCGCGGUGGCAAAGCCUCGCAGAAGUGCUCGCAACUGCCUGACUCCGCACCAGCCCCGUCGUGCUCGGGAACCCGUCAUGGAGCCAACUUCCAGCUUGUCAAGCUUAUCCGUGACACCGCUUCCGUCGUCCACGACGACGCCCGGGACCCAGGAGUCACGGGCGGCCGAUGGAAGGCGGUCAGCGAAAACGGUGUCGCCGGCCAGCAGCAUGAACCUGCGGAAGCGCGCGCUGAGGAGCGCGAUCGAGGCUGAAACGGCAGAUGGAGUAAGGCGAGCGUCCAAAAGGGUGAGGCCGUCGGCGAGCCUUUUGUCGGACUCGACGGAUGAGCUGCAUCACUCUCAGCCGCCGGCGUCUACCUUUGACAAGAGCGGCCUACCGCCCUCCAGGACGGGGCGAGCCUUUCGCCAGAGCAUCACGUCGACCCAUCGGGGCCACCGCCUGUUCGAGGGCAUGGUCUUUGCCCUUUCUUUCCUCUCCGACAGUUCAGGCCAAGUGCGGGAGAGUCUGGAAGGUAGGAUCUUGCAAGCGGCCGGUACCGUGGUCGAGGAAGGGUUUCAAGAGCUGUUCGAGCUGUCGGCGAACGCAAACGCGACGAGCAACACGGCGACCGACGACACGGAUUGCAUGAGGCUGGCAAGGGCCCGCGCGAGCUGCGGAUUCGCGGCCGUCAUCGCCGACGGCCAUUCAAGGACACCCAAGUAUCUGCAAGCCCUGGCCCUCGGCCUACCCUGCCUGUAUCCUGGCUGGAUCACCAAAUGUCUGGACAAGGGGAACGUUGUCGACUGGGAGCCAUACCUGCUGAGUGCCGGCUCAUCCAAGGUCCUCGGCGGCGCCAUCCGAUCACGGACCCUGUCAUCGUACCCGGCCCUCGGAGCGAGGCUGGCGGAUGUCAUGGAGCACAGGCGGAAGCUGCUGCUGGGACAGAGUGUGCUGAUGGUUGUGGAUGCCAGGAAGGCACGGAGGCCGACGACGCAGCACUACAGAUUCCUCGUUCAGGCUCUCGGACCCUCCCUUCUGUCGAGGGUGUCGACGGUAGAGCAAGGCCGGGACGCACUACGGCAGGGCGAACGCCGGGGGCAGCCGUUCGACUGGCUGUACGUCGAAAAGUCCGUCGGCACCGUCGACGACGUGCUUUUGCCCGCACCGGAGUCAGGGCCGAAAAGGAGGAAGAAGGUCACUGCCGGGGCGCCGGUGGGGGGGAUGGUGCGUGUGCUGUCCGACGAACUUGUCAAGGAAAGCCUAGUUCUGGGACGGAUGGUCGAGCCGGACGACAUGGAUCCUUGA